AUGCCCCGCCCCCAGGAGAUCUACAAGGACCGGCAGAAGUUUUCGGAGCAGGUUUUCAACGUGGCCUCGUCCGACCUCGUCAACAUGGGGAUCAGCGUGGUCAGCUACACCCUGAAGGACAUCCACGACGACCAGGUGGCACUAGGGACAAGGGGACGUGGUGGGGACAAGGGUGUCAUCAUGGUCAGCGACACCCUGAAGGGCAUCCAUGAUGACCGGGUGACACUGGGGGGGGGACACGGUGGGGACAAGGGUGACAACAUGGAGGCGCGGGCGCGCCAGGAGCAGGUCUCGGCGCAGCUGCUGAGCGAGACGGCGAUGGCGCAGGCCCAGCGCGACUUCCAGGUGCAGCAGGCGCUGUGCGACGCCGCCGUCAGCGCCCGCAAAGCCCAGGCUGACCUGGCCUACCAGCUGCAGGUGGCGAAGACGAAGCAGCAGAUCGAGGAGCAGCGGGCGCAGGUGCUGGUGGUGGAACGGGCGCAGCAGGCGCAGCUGCAGGAGCACGAGAUCGGGCGCCGCGAACGCGAGCUGGAGGCCACCGUCCGCAAACCCGCCGAGGCCGAGCGGUACCGCCUCGAGCGCCUGGCCGAGGCCGAGCGAGUGACGUUGGUGGCCGGCGGUUCGGGUGACAUCGGGGUGUCGCGGUUACCGGGGGAGAUCCUGGACGUCGUCACCCGCCUGCCCGCCGCCGUCGAGGCCCUGACGGGUGUCAGCGUCACCCAGGCCACCCAGAAGAAGUCACAAUGCCAGGCUUGA